AUGCGGGCCAGCAUGGCACGGUGGCACGUUACGUCCAUGGGCAUGAUGAUGGGCUCCCUCAAACCAACCAUCGGCGAGUGCGGUGACGCUCGAGCCUCCAACUGCGUCCUCCCCAUUCCAUCCCGCGUCUUGGGAUUUGUCGUUGUACCUGCGCAUGAACACACCCUCGAGGGGCUCAAGGGCCUGCUUGCCUGUUCACGUUUGCUCCGCAAGCUCUGA